AUGUCUGGGUCAGAAAUUGGCAUUCUCACUGCAAUGUCCUAUGACCGCUAUAUUGCCAUCUGUCGUCCUCUGCAUUACGAGGGUGUUAUGACCAAAGGGGUCUGUUACCAGCUGAUGACUAUCUCCUGGCUCAAUGGAGGGCUCUUUGGAAUCUUGUACUCAUCUGGGACAUUCUCUUUAAACUUUUGCAGGUCCACGAAGAUCCAUCGGCUCUUCUGUGAUGUGCCUGCCCUACUAAAGCUCAGUUGUUCUAAGAAACACAUAAUUAUUAAUGUCAGUGUAGCCAUUGGGGUCUUUUAUGCAUUUUCAUGUUUAGUGUGUAUUGUGGUCUCUUAUGUAUAUAUUUUUUCCACCGUGUUAAAGAUCCCAACCACACAGAAGCAGUCCAAAGCCUUUUCGACCUGCUUGCCUCACCUCAUUGUGGUGAGUACAUUCCUUCUAAUAGGUGCUACUGCUUAUUUAAAGCCAGUUUCUGAUGAGUCUUCUCCUCUGGACUUGUUUGUGUCUGUAUUCUAUUCUGUGGUACCUCCAACCUUGAACCCUCUUAUCUACUGUUUAAGAAGCAAAGAUAUUAAAUCAGCCCUAGGUAAAAUCCUAUGGAAGGUUAAAAGGAGUGGAAUAAUGGAAAGAUGA